AUGUCUGCUGCUGCUGCUGCUGCAGCAGCAGGCGACAGGAUCUAUUCUUCUUAUUCUUUCCCCUUAAACAACAGCAACAACAGCAGCAACACCAGCAGCAGCAGCAGCAGCAACACCAGCAGCAGCAGCAGCAGCAGCAAUACAUGUAUAGGUAACCUAACCCCACAGCAGCAUAAUAUAUCCUUAUUAUGUAUAGUAGCAGCAGCAGAAGAAAAUAAUUUACUAAGAGGGCUGCAGCAGCACAAGUUGCUGCUGCGUCUUGCUGACAGCAGCGGAUCUAUUACUGCUGCAUUCUCUUUGGGUCUAUUAAGGUCUGCUGCUGCUGCUGCUGCUGCUGCUGCUGCAGCAACAGGAGGAGGGGGGGGUGGUGCAGCAGGGAGCGGUGGUGGUGGUGGUGGUUCAGGUGCUGCUGGUACGAGUAGUGCUGCUGCUGCUGCAGCAGCAGCAGCAAGUGGGGGGAAAGGGGGACAGCUAUCUGCUGCUGCAUCGGGUGCUGCAGCAGCAGCAGCAGCAGAUGCUGCUGCUGCUGCUGCUGUUGUAUCUACUGCAGGUGUAUCAGCAGCAGAAGCAGAAGCACUUAUGCUGCUGCUGCCUCCUUCCUCUGUGCUGCAGUUAGAUGGUGCAUACACCUCAUGGGCAGGAAAUAAACUCGUCUUAUGCGUAAGCGAAGGUGGUCGUUGCUGUGGUCGUAUAAAAGUCUUUGGUUGUUUUCCUUUCCCUUUCUCCUUAACUCCUUACCGUAGUAAUGCAUUUAUACCUGCUGCUGCUGCUGCUGCUGCAGCAGGAGCAGCAGCAGGAGCAGCAGCAGCAGGUACUGCUGCUGCUGCUCCUGGUAGUGGCGGUAGUGUACAAACAACAAGGAGAAUAGGAGACGGAGGAGGGAGAAGGAUGCCGCUGCAGCUAAGGGAUGCGCAGCAGCAGCAGCAAAUGCAGCAGCAGCAACAACAAGUGCUGCAGCAGCAGCAGCAAGUGCUGCAGCAGCAGCAGCAGCAGCAGCAAGAUGAAGAAGAUGUCUUUGCUGUCUUGGGACCUCCAAGCCCAAUCUUCCUUUUUUAA